AUUACAUUCGAUUUUAAAUGUUCUCCCUUUUUAUUUUGUCUUACAGAUGCAUCCUCAAACUACAUUCGCCAGCUGGAAACCAAGGUCCGGAUUCUAGAGGACAAUAACAACAAACUUCUGUCACAACCCUGUAGCCGUUAUAGCUUAUCAAAGCUGUCCAUGAAGUGUACCCCAGGAGACCUGCGUGUCCUGCGCAAAGGCACGACCCUGUACCGCUCGGAGUCGCAGCUGUCCUCGCUCCCCCAGAGGCAGGAGGCUCUGCUGAAUGGAACUGGACGACUACAGACCAGCGAAUCUUCUCCCGCCACUGGGUUUAUCUCAUCUGUGCAGAAACCUGAAGCUGUGGUUCAUGCAAUGAAGGUCCUGGAGGUCCAUGAUAAUCUGGACAAGAAGCUUCCAGAAGAAAGCGAGGAAGACCUGAAUGAGAACGAGAAAGCCAUAGUGCGAGAGAUGUGCAACGUGGUGUGGCGAAAGCUGGGCGACGCAGCAGGAUCAAAGCCGUCUGUCCGACAACAGCUCUCUGGGAAUCAGUUCAAAGGUCCUCUAUAGCAGCUCUAGCACACGAGGAACCGUUCCUCCUCCUGUUCACCCAACAUGAAACUCCAGCAGGGCCAAACUGAGAAACUGCUCACUGCAACAACGGGCAACGUGAACACUCCCGUCCCCACCCAUCAAGUCAUUUGGAGUCGAACUUGGGAACUUCGACGUUGGAUCACUCCACACCAGUUGUCAGAUAGUAGCCAUGAUUCAUAUUCAGUGAAUCAGUGAACAAUCAAAGCAAUAAUCACAUUUAAAUAACAGUGUUUGACUAUUAAUUAUCAUUUCUUUGUUGCCUUGAUGGAUCUUGUUCGAAUUUAUGGACUUGGCCCAAAUGACGCCAAUCUUCUGCCCAGAUAGCACAAGUCUAUUUGAUGUGAUUUUUACAUCUGAAAGACAUAUUUUUAACCCUCAGGUGCUCUUC